AUGUUUAAAGUAUGGCUGUUUAGGGGGAACUGGCAGAUUUCUAGGAGGGAGUUGAACAAUCCUCGCGUCAUAGCAGUGGUCUCGACCAAUCAUAGCUUACUGGAUUCUGGCUACGAUGAAUACUUAGCAUCGACGACAAGAAGCUCGAUAGGUUACCGUACCGUUGCUAUAAUCUUUAUGCUUCUUCUGGUUUUACGACAUGUUCUUCCUUCCGUACUAAACGGAAGCGACGACUACACUUUCCCGUUAUCUACGUUGUUAUUGCUUCGGACUGCCGGAAUUAUCCUGCCAAUCUGUGUCAUGGUUAAAGUAAUGACCGCCCUCCAUCGUCACCGCCGCAGGCAACAACAGGAGAAUCUAAAUUCUUCGGUUACUCAAUCAGACGAAGAAAAUGAAAUUCCAACCGUGCAAGCUCAGUCUCACGUAGUGAACAUACAUUAAAUGUAAACAUAGAUGAACCGAACACACCGAUCUUUCUAUCUUCAGUAGUCUAAAACUAGUUUUGCCCGAAAGAUAGAAACCGUAUAUA